AUGCUGUUGUAUUUGUUGCAGGACCUUCCUCUUGGUGGUUUGAAGGCCGUUGUGGAGGGAGUGGAGAAGAAGCUGAGCUUCAGUGCAGACGAUGUGCUAACGAAGGCCACCAUGCUGGUUGGGGAUAAAGUUCAGUUUAAAAUAUCCACCAACCUCAAGACCAAGGCAGAGAGGGCCGUCAACGUGGAGAUCCUGGCCGACACCUUUGAGUGCGAUCACACAGAGGAGCAACGCAAAAUAAACACGGUGGCUGGGACUGGCUACCAAGCCAUCAGCAUCAGGAGACAGACAAUGUUCACCCCAGUGCCAACACUGGACAGCCCCACUACAACACAUUCAGAGAAAGUGUUCAUCUCUGUGCCAACAUUAGAGGGCCCCGCUACAACACAGACACAAAAGAAGAUUACCAUCCAACCAACAAACACCAAGGAAAGGAUGCAGAAAGACACAGGAAUCAAUCCUGAUGGCCCCAAAACAGGAACACAUGUCCAAAUUCUGCCCGGCUCAGUCAGAGCAGUAAGACUGAAAGAGAAUACAGAGGACUCCAACACAAAGACAACAGAAGCAUCUGGAAGGAGAAGCAGCAUCCACCCAAACUGUGACCAUGGCAAUCAAAGCAGGAACAGAAUCUCAGAUAAGGGUGGCAGGAUUGAUCGACCUCAGAGUUACCGUAGCUCGAGCAGAGAAAGGAGACAAGUAGGAGUAAGCAAAGAUGAGAGCGAUAGAGAGAGAAGUCGCAGCAGGAGCAGAGAGCGGUCUACCGGGAACAAGCGGAGCAGGAGCAGUGACAGGGUUAGGGACCAAGGCAGAGAUCGGAGUCACCGUAGCUCAAGCAGGGAAAGGAGGCGAGGAAGAAGCAAGGAGAGGUGGAACAGAAACAAUAGUCGCAGCAGGAGCAGAGAUCACUCCCAUAGGAGUCACAGUCGGAGUCACAGCAGCAGUCACAGCAGCAGUCACAGCAGAAGUAGAAGCCGGGAAAGAGGUGGCAAAAUUGGUCAAUUUGAGUGGCACCAUACAGCAACCAGAGAAUGGAUAAGAAGAGAAACGAGCAGGGAGAGGAGCCGUAGUGAUGGGAGGAGUCGCAGCAGGAGCAAAGAACUUUCCCCCAGAAACAGACGUAGCAGUAGCUGGGAGGGGAGUAGAGAUGGGGACAGGAACAGGGGCAGAGACCAGGAUAGGAGGAGCAAUCAGGGGAGGAACUUUAGCUCUGAGUGUAGAGAUGAGAAGCGACAAAGCAGCAGUGGUGAGGGUUCCUCCAGGAAACGCAGGCGGAGCAGGAGUCCCAAGAUAGAGCCUGUGACUGCAAAGGUUCGUAAGGACCUGUCCAGUUCUAAGGCCUCUGGUACUACAAACUACAGAUCACCCAAUCCUCAUGCAGUUGAGGAUGAGGAGGGUGAGGACUUGGCCACGAAGAAAAAGGAGCUGGAAGAUUUGGAUGCUUUAAUUGCUGAAAAGCUGGCUGAAAUUGCUGACUUGGAACUAGAGAUGACAUCUGUUAUCUUUGAUGACUCAGGAAACACCAUCAUCUCCCUCCAACAGCCCCAGAAGGAUAAGAACUCCCCAAAGAACACAUCUCAACCCCGAAGCCCUCCAGCCACCUCCACUGCUCCUGAUGUUUCAUCCAGCUCAUCUCCUGCGGUUUCAUCCUCUGGAACACCCAGACCAGAAAACAGCGGUGGUCUACCUCCAGAUGCAGAUUUCGACAUGACUCCAAAAGACUCAGGAAACACCAUCAUCUCACUCCAACAGCCCCAGAAGGAUGUGAACUGCACAAAGAACACAGCUCAGCCCCAUAGCUCUCCAUCCACCUCAACUCAAAAACGCAUUAAACCUGAAACAUAUAAAACAGUCUGGAUGUGUGGAUAUGCUCUUUCAGGUUUGGCCAGAUGGAUGGCAACAGCUCAAAAACAUGCCAGUAAACUGGGGAAUAAUAGUCCUAGCAUUAGGGUGCAACACUUGGGAGGUCCUGGAAUGACCUGGACUAACCUUGUGCUCCAGAUGCACGAGCUCAAAAGCAACCAACCCUAUCCAGACAUGCUCAUCAUCCAUCUUGGAAGCAAUAACAUCAUGACAAAAAAGGAAGACUUGCUGAACACAAUCAAGAAAGACUUGACUCUCACACACAACAUCUUCCCCCAGUGCCAGAUUGUGUGGUCUGACAUGGUGCUAAUGCCCUUCUACAAACAAGGCAUGACUCUUAGUAACAAGGCUGAUGAGGCAGGCGACAGAAUUCAUGAGGUGAUCAAUCGUACAGCGCAUGCUAUAGUUCAUGACCUGGGGGGAAGAGUCAUCACCCAUGACAACAUUGGCCCUGAACUCUAUAGCCCCAGUGGCAAUGAAAUGGUCAUCUCAGACAAAGGCAUUAAAAGGUUCAACCUUAAUAUUCUGCAGUUUGUGAAUGAGUGGAAGAGGCAGGUCAACUUUGUGUCUGCGCACACAGAAACUAUUCCGAAAUCCCCAGAGCCCACUAACAACAACCUAGAACCUGUUAAUCAGUUCCACGAUUCUCUCUCUCAUUCUGCAUCUCAACCCCAGAGCCCUCCAGCCACCUCCACUGCCCCCGAUGUUUCAUUCAGUUCAUCUCCUGUAGUUUCGUCCUCUGGAACACCCAGACCAGAACAGAGCGGUGGUCUGCCUUUGAAUCCGGCAGAUGCGGAUUUAGAUGUGACUCGAGAAGACUCAGGAAACACCAUUAUCUCCCCCCAACAGCCCCAAAAGGAUGAGAACUCCCCAAAGAACUCAUCUCAACCCCAUACCCUUCCCCCCACUUCCUUUGUUCCUGACAUUUCAUCAAGCUCAUCUCCUGCAGCGGGUGAUGACAUGGAUGUGACUCCACUAGACACAGCCACCAUUUCCCCACAACAGCAGUUAAACCAGAAGCAGCAGCAGGUCAGAGAGAGCAAUGAGAGUCCUGUGGAGGCGAACCAGACACAUGGGAGCAGUGAGCCCAUCACAGGCCCUGUUACCAAAACAUGUGAUGUGAAAGGUCCACCCAAAGUGGUCUGGAUGUGUGGUUUUGCUCUUUCAGGUUUGGCCAAAAGGAUAACAUCAGCACAAAAUCAGGCCGCUAAACUAGGGAAUACAUGCGCGAGCAUGAGGGUUCACCAGUGGGGGACUCCUCAGAUGACCUGGACGGAACUGGUAAUCGAGAUGUGCCGGUUCAAACGUCAGCAGCCCCGCCCAGACAUGCUCCUCAUUCAUUUGGGAGGGAGGAACGUUGACCUGAGCUAUCCACACUCUAGUCUGAACAGCAUCAGGAAUGAUUUGGGUAAAACACACAGAAUCUUCCCCCAGUGCCUGAUUGUGUGGUCCAACAUACUGCCAGGAGGCUCAAGGAUCAAAGGCAUGACUGACGAAGCCACAGCAAAAGCCAUUAAUAAAAUCAAUCACAAAGCACGUUCUUUAAUAACUGACCUGGGGGGGAGAGUCAUCACUCACCAGGACAUUGGGCCUGAACUCCAUCUCUCCAAUGGCCUCUCAAAGCAAGUCAUUGAAAUGUUUAAAGAGAACAUACGGAAAUUUUUGCAUGAGUGGGAGAUGGGGGUCAAUUCUCAAUCAGAGCUCACAGACACCACCUCAACAAGCAUAGCGCCCCCUACUGACAAUACAGGGCCUACUUCAGACAGAUCACAUCGCAGCCAGAACGCAUCUGAGCCCCACAGCCUUCUGGCCACCUCCACUGCUCCUGCUGUGUCAUCAAGCUCACCUCCAGCAGCCACCUCCACUGCUCCUGCUGUGUCAUCAAGCUCACCUCCUGCAACCACCUCCACUGCUCCUGCUGUGUCAUCAAGCUCACCUCCUGCAGCCACCUCCACUGCUCCUGCUGUGUCAUCAAGCUCACCUCUUGCAGCCACCUCCACUGCUCCUGCUGUGUCAUCAAGCGCACCUCCUGCAGCCACCUCCACUGCUGCUGCUGUGUCAUCAAGCUCACCUCCUGCAACCACCUCCACUGCUCCUGCUGUGUCAUCAAGCUCACCUCCUGCAGCCACCUCCACUGCUCCUGCUGUGUCAUCAAGCUCACCUCUUGCAGCCACCUCCACUGCUCCUGCUGUGUCAUCAAGCGCACCUCCUGCAGCCACCUCCACUGCUCCUGCUGUGUCAUCAAGCGCACCUCAUGCAGCCACCUCCACUGCUCCUGCUGUUUCAUCAACCGCACCUCCUGCAGCCACCUCCACUGCUCCUGCUGUGUCAUCAAGCGCACCUCCUGCAGCAGGUGAUGAUGUGGAUAUGACUCCCGAAGACUCGGGAAACACCACCAUCUCUCACCAGCUGUCCCAGAAGCAGCAGCAGGUCAGAGAGAGCAAUGAGAGUCCUGUGGAGGCGAACCAGACACAUGGGAGCAGUGAGCCCAUCACAGGCCCUGUUACCAAAACAUGUGAUGUGAAAGGUCCACCCAAAGUGGUCUGGAUGUGUGGUUUUGCUCUUUCAAAUUUAGCCAAAAGGAUAACAUCAGCACAAAAUCAGGCCGCUAAACUAGGGAAUACAUGCGCGAGCAUGAGGGUUCACCAGUGGGGGACUCCUCAGAUGACCUGGACGCAACAGGUAAUCGAGAUGUGCCGGUUCAAACGUCAGCAGCCCCGCCCAGACAUGCUCCUAAUUCAUUUGGGAGGGAGGAACGUUGACCUGAGAAAUCCACACUGUAGUCUGAAAAGCAUCAGGAAGGAUUUGGGUAAAACGCACAGAAUCUUCCCCCAGUGCCUGAUUGUGUGGUCUGACAUGCUGCCAGGAGGCUCCUGGAAAUUCAAAUGCAUGACUGACGAAGCCGCAACAAAAGCCAUUAAUAAAAUCAAUCACGGAGCACGUUCUUUAAUAACUGACCUGGGGGGGAGAGUCAUCACUCACCAGGACAUUGGGCCUGAACUCCAUCUCUCCAAUGGCCUCUCAAAGCAAGUUGUUGUAAUGUUUAAAGAGAACAUACGGAAAUUUUUGGAUAAGUGGGAGAUGGGGGUCAAUCCUGAAUCGGAGCUCACAGACACCAUAGCGCCCCCUGCUGACAGUACAGGGCCUACUUCAGACAGAUCACAUCUCAGCCAGAACGCAUCUGAGCCCCACAGCCUUCCGGCCACCUCCACUGCUCCUGCUGUGUCAUCAAGCUCACCUCCUGCAGCCACCUCCACUGCUCCUGCUGUGUCAUCAAGUUCACCUCCUGCAGCCACCUCCACUGCUCCUGCUGUGUCAUCAAGCGCACCUCCUGCAGCCACCUCCACUGCUCCUGCUGUGUCAUCAAGUUCACCUCCUGCAGCCACCUCCACUGCUCCUGCUGUGUCAUCAAGCUCACCUCCUGCAGCCACCUCCACUGCUCCUGCUGUUUCAUCAAGCGCACCUCCUGCAGCCACCUCCACUGCUCCUGCUAUGUCAUCAAGCUCACCUCCUGCAGCCACCUCCACUGCUCCUGCUGUGUCAUCAAGCGCACCUCCUGCAGCCACCUCCACUGCUCCUGCUGUGUCAUCAAGCGCACCUCCUGCAGCAGGUGAUGUGGAUAUGACUCCCGAAGACUCGGGAAACACCACUAUCUCUCACCAGCUGUCCCAGAAGACUCCCCAUGUACCUCAGUCUAAAGAUAUAUCAAGCAUCACUGUCAAGCAAAGUCUCUCUGCGGAGAAAUCCUCCAACACACUGAAACCUCAGAAGGAGGAUGUCUGCAAACUGGAAGUCCGACCAUUAUCUGCAUCUGUGACGGACAUUAAGGCCAUUUCAACUGAAUCAAAGACCAGAGAGUUGUUCUUAAAAUGUUAUCGGCUCUUCACUCUGAAUCCAAACACGGCGCACAAGAAGCUCUAUCUGACGGAGAACAACAGGAAGGUGGAAUGGAGUGACAAGGACCAGCCAUAUCCAUAUCAUCCACGAAGAUAUGCUGAGAAAUGUUUCCAGGUGCUGUGUUGGGAGAGCAUUUCCGAACGCCGCUACUUUGAGGUUGAGUGGAGUGGAAGUGUUUGUAUAUCACUCUCAUUUGACAACCAACACUGGAAAAAACGGGUUGAUGUUAUGUUUGGAUCAAAUAUUCUGUCCUGGGCGCUGAAACUCUCCCGCACUAGCUGUUGUGUCUAUCACAAUGAUGAGAAGAUCAAAGUUCCUCAAGUGACAAGCUCCAGAAUAGGAGUGUGUGUGGACUACAGGGCUGGCACUCUGGCCUUCUAUAGUGUCACUGACACAGUCACCCUCAUCUGGAAAGUCCAGAACAAAUUCAGUUAUCCACUCUUUCCUGGAUUUGGUUUAGGUCAGGGAUCAUCAGUGAAGCUCCUGUGAUUCCCAUUAUAGUGCCGAAAUCCGCAUAUUUCUGUACGAACCCGGCCCGCAUCCGACAGAGUUGCGUCCAAACCCGACAGGCAUUUUAAUUUUUAUGUUCGAA